UCCGAUGAGAAGCAAAUACUCCAUAGGGUUUUAGGGAACGUGAAGAACAAUAAAAGAAAAAGGGGAGAGAGAGAGAGAGAGAAGACAAGGAAGAAGAUAUAUGAUAUAAGUCUGUAAUAAUAUAUAUAUAUAUAUAUGUACGCACAGAUCCCUAUAGAAUGCAGGGAUGAUCCCCAGCAUUGUUUUUUAGAAUUCAUUCCUUUUGUUUAGUUUAAACAGACGGAUCCUUGUUCUCUUUUGGAGAGAGAGAGAGAGAGAGAGAGAGAGAGAGAGAGAUAGAGAGGGAGGGGGGAGGAAGAAGAAGAGGAGGUCAUGGGUCCAUCGUCGUUUCUUUUUGUUAUUCUUGGUCUUUGAAACGAUUUCUAUAUUAUCUUUUCAGAUAUAUAUAUAUAUAUAUAUAUAUAUGUAUAAAUAAUAUGGAGAAUUAUAACGGAAGUGACUUUGGCAUGAUUACUCUCUCAUAUAUCUCCCCCCAAUGAUUGAUUGAGUUUUGCCUUUGAGUCAAGAGAGAGAGAGAGAGAGGUUGAACAAGAACUAGACCAAGAACAAGGAGAAGAUGAAGAUUAUGGACGACAACAGUAACUGGUUGGGGUUUUCUCUGUCUCCACACAUGACAAUGGAGGUUGCUGCUGCAUCUGCAAACCAACAACAACAUGAUCAUCAUCAUCACCAGCAUCAUCAUCAUCACAGUAAUCAGUACAAUGGCCACAACACUCAUGCAGUUCCCACAAGUUCUGCUUCUCUCCCCACACAUGGUUUUUACUCGUCUCUCUCUUCGUCUUCUUCUGCAACUCCUACUGACCUGAACAGCCAUGGAAUCUGCUUCGGCGCCGAAAACGGAGGCUUUCACGCUCCUUCGCUCUCAGUCAUGCCUCUCAAAUCGGACGGAUCUCUUUGCAUCAUGGAAGCUCUCUCAAGAUCACAACCCAUGUGUGAAGGUAUGGUGGUUCCGAGUUCAUCGCCUAAACUCGAGGACUUUCUAGGAGGUGCAACGAGAGAGACGACAAUGCCACUCAGCUUGGACAGCUUUUACUACCAACAACACAACAGCGCACAAGAGAGCUCAGAGACCAAACACCAAACACAAGAGCUUCAACACCAAAUGCAGUAUUACACGGCCGGAUCACUCACUUGCCACGGCAUGUUUCAGUCAAAUCUCGACCCUGACAUGAACGAUGAUCAUAUGGUGAGCUUGAAGAACCAAAUGCUGUUUGGUUUCAUAGACGGCGGAGGAGGAGGAGGAGGAGGCGGUGGAGAUUUGCAGGCGUUGACAUUGUCAAUGAGCCCUGGUUCUCAGUCUAGCAGCUGUGUCACGGUUCCAAGACAGCGCCAUAACUCAUCGCCUAACGAGUGUUUGACCAUUCAAGAUCCAAAGAAGAAUAUGAUGACUCCCAAAGUCACCACUCAGAAGCAAACUGUUCACAGGAAAUCCAUUGAGACCUUUGGACAAAGAACUUCACAAUAUAGAGGUGUCACAAGGCAUAGAUGGACUGGUAGAUAUGAAGCUCAUCUGUGGGACAACAGUUGCAAGAAAGAAGGACAGACCAGGAAAGGGAGACAAGUCUAUCUAGGUGGGUAUGACAUGGAAGAGAAAGCUGCUCGAGCUUACGACCUCGCUGCCCUCAAGUACUGGGGACCCUCCACUCACAUUAAUUUCCCGCUUGAGAAUUACCGCGACGAGUUAGAACAGAUGAAGGGCAUGACUCGCCAAGAGUACGUCGCUCAUCUGAGGAGGAAGAGCAGCGGCUUCUCGAGAGGAGCCUCCAUGUACAGAGGAGUCACAAGGCAUCACCAGCAUGGAAGAUGGCAAGCAAGGAUAGGCAGAGUAGCUGGGAACAAAGACCUCUACCUUGGAACUUUCAGCACACAAGAGGAGGCAGCUGAGGCUUACGACAUAGCUGCAAUCAAGUUCCGAGGAGUGAACGCUGUCACUAACUUCGACAUCGCCAGAUACGACGUCGAGAAAAUCAUGUCGAGUAGUACUCUUCUCGCCGGCGAAAAUGCCCGUAAAAUCCACAGGGAGAUGCCUCCGGUUAAUCAUCUCGAACCGGUCGGUUACGCUAACCAAGUCCCGGUUCAAACCGGGGUCCAGAACCCGGUUCAGCCCGACAACAUUCCGAAUUAUCAUAAUGCCCCGGCGUUCCCCUCGGCGGCGGCCUUGGAGGGUUUUGUGGGAAUCGAAUGUGUGGAUAAGGUAGGGGUACAUUUGUCAAAUCCAUCGUCGCUGGUGACGAGUUUGAGCAGUUCGAGGGAAGGUACUCCGGAUAAAACCGGCUCGACCUCGGGUUUAGGGUUUGAUAAGAAUGCUCUCACGGCCAAGUUCGUAAAUCCGGCCGCCGGAGUUGCGUCAUGGUUCCCCGCGACGCAGCCAUUGAGGCCCUCAGCCGCAGCCGCUGUCACCGCGGUGCCAAUGGCGCACUUUCCUGUUUUCGCUGCAUGGAACGACGCAUGAAAUGUCAAAGACGAAAGGGCAAAACGGCGAUUUGGGUUUGGCAUAGGAAGGGUAAAAAGGUAACAACGGUGACUUUUGGGGGGUAUUUAGUGAAAUGAAGUUAAGAAUUAUAUAAUGUUUGAUUAGAUAUGUGGCUUUUAGGUCUAAGUGGAGGAAAAUAUGGGGGGCAAAUGAGUGAAAGACAGAUAGUUUUGGGGCCCAAUGUAUCAAUCUUUUCACUCUGUUGGGGAGGGAAUUAGAAAAUCCGUGAAACUUCUUUUUCCAAAUAGAAGUUUUAUUUGGAGGGACACGGGACAAUUUGGAGACAAUGGAAUUUAGGGUUAGAUUAGAAGAUGGAGGGGCCAAAUCAUGAUUAAUGUUCGUUUGGAUUUUGUUCAACAUUGUCCCUCUUGCUUUAUAUAAUUCAAGCUUUAUGUCUUUUCAUUUGAA